GGCUGAGCUCACACUGCUGCUGAUGUGGUGUUCCCAAGUUAGCAGAGCUGGUCCGCCGAUACAAACAGACUCUUUGGUAUAAUAGUAAGUGUGCUUGGUAGAAAUAAUGCCUUAUUAUCAGACCUGGGAGGAGUUCGCCCGUGCAGCAGAAAAACUCUAUCUGACAGACCCCAUGAAGGUCAGAGUGGUUCUGAAGUACAGACACUGCGACGGCAACCUUUGCAUCAAAGUGACCGACAACUCUGUGUGUUUACAGUACAAGACAGACCAGGCCCAGGACGUGAAGAAGAUCGAGAAGCUCCACGGGAAACUAAUGAGACUCAUGGUGUCCAAGGAGACGCACAGCGGUGCCAUGGAGACGGACUAAUAUGCUCUAGAAGCACCUGGACUGAGUUCAGUGGACAGACACAGUAGUUGAUGAGAGCAGAGUACCAUCAGAGUGCGAUGUGGUGGAUGUGAAGAGGGAGUGUGGUGAUGAGAUUGAUCUGGCUGCCUACACUGAUUUAAUACUGUCAGAGAUGUGAUUAUACAUACUGUAUAUAUUUUAUUAUCUCAGGAUUCAGUUUUUUAUGAUUCUUUCUUAGUCAUUAAAAAUCCCAUUAACCGGCUUUUCCUUACCAGGCAUUUUGAUCACAUCCCUGAUGGUAUUAAUAUACAGUAAGGUCACUAUAGGCUGCUGGGAACUUUAGGGGAUGUAGAGAUGGAGAAUGAGUGGGGUUGGGGGAAUGUGGGACAAAACGUACAAAUCCUCUGCUGCUGUGUAAGCAGCUUUGGCACCUUGAUUCUUUUUAGGAGCCUGCAUUUAUUUUCAGUUUUAAAGGGGACAUAAAGGACGGGCAAUGAAGACGUUGCAUGUCUUUUUCUAUUUACAUCAUGUAGCUCUGUUGGAUUCAAUUUCAGCACAGCGAUUUGUUUAAUGUUGUCUGUCCUCAUGGACUCGUGCCACAUGAAUGAAGCAGGACCUUCUGAUUUCCAAACGACGGUGUGGAGGAACCCGCGAUUUCUACCGAGAAACCCCCCACACGUGCAAAUGCCAUUUCAUCGUCUGAGAAUGAUUACGUUACAUGUUCAAUAAAUCUUUAUUUACCCCA